AUGGGUUCUAAAAUUUCACCCAUUUUAGUAAAUUUUGUGUUGGACGAUCUGGUUAAGGAUUGUCUACAUUACAUGCCACAUCAUAUUCCCUUUGUUAAGCGCUACGUAGAUGAUUUGUUACUGGCUGUUCCUAAAUAUCAGAUAGGCAUGACUUUAGAAUUUUUUAAUACCUACGACAGGUAUAUUCAAUUCACUGUGGAAGAAGAAACGAACAGAGCUGUUCUGUUUCUUGAUAUGUUGGUUAUGAGGACAGAAAAUAACAUCCUUAAAACAAAUCGUUUCAUCAGCUACCAUUCAUAUCACACAAUGACAUCAAAAAUAAAUUUAAUUUUGGGAAUGAAGUCUAGAGCAGUUAAACUAAGCCACUCUGAUUAUGUAGAGGAAUCUGUGGCUCUUUUAAAAAAUAUUUUGAUUGACAAUUCUUAUCCAGAAAAAAUCAUUAAUAGGUUUUUGUUUCAUACAGCUAUAGUGAACAAUAAUAACCAGGAACCUACAGCACAACAACUACCUAAUAUCACUAAUACUCCUCUUGAGCCUAACCGAGUGACAGAGGAUCAAAAUGGACAACUUGUCAGUUAUUUCUCUUUACCUUAUAUAGAUAAUCUUACAUAUAAACUUGCAAACGUUUUCAGACAAUAUAAUAAUAUUAAAAUUGCUAACAAACAAGUCAAGGCUCUCUCUAAACUCUAUUCGAGAACUAAGACACCACUUCAGAUAAUGGAAAAUUGGAAUGUUGUGUACAGGUUGCAAUGUAGAGAUUGCGAUUUGUCUUAUAUAGGCCAAACUUCUAGAAACUUAAAAGGUCGUAUCACAUCUCAUAAAAGUGACUGUAGAAGGGGCGUUUUGUCAUGUGCAUUGUCGGAACAUGUUAACAAUUUAGACCACAAGAUAGACUGGGAUGGUGCUGAGAUUCUGGAUAGAGCUGACUCAUUUUGUAAAAGAACUUUUCUUGAAAUGGUUCACAUAAAUUCACAAGCUAACACCAUGAAUAAAAGAAGUGACACCCAGAGUCUUAGUGUCAUUUACGGUUACAUUUUAGACUUGUACAGUGGCAACUAUGGUUCAUUGCGACAAGUGGCUACUCAAGGUUCUCAAUAG